UGGAACGUGCGGCUGGUCCAGGAAGUAAACUGUCCGGCUCGGUGUUGCGGGAUACGGAGCAGGAACAGUAAAUACGUGUCAAAGUCAACAUUUCAACACGCAUUCCCGAAACCCACCGUCGAGACACCGCGGCAGUGCUUCGCCACAAAUUUCCUGCGUCACGGAGAGCCGAGCCUGUCAUGCUGUCAGCUGAAUGCAGUGACGCAAGCUCACACACAUCUUCGAUGAUGGUGGACUCCACACUGACUCAAGUUGGAAAAAAUCUGAAUGAGGCCAUGAGGAUCCUAGGAGACGGACAGGGAGAACUGGAGUCAGGAACCAGGAGGCAGCAUUUUGGAAGUACUGGAAUCCCUGGACCCCUGCAGGGAGACGGUCAGGAUGUCUCCACUUUACUGCACCUAGUUCACAACCUUAUUAAUGACGAGGACGAGGACGGGGAGAAGCCCACACUACAUAGGUUGCAGAACGUGGGUGAACAGGGUCACAUGGCGUUGUUGGGUCACAGCCUGGCAGCCUACAUCUCAGUGCUGGACAGAGAGCGACUGCGGAAGCUCACCACUCGGAUACUGUCUGACACCACCAUGUGGCUGUGCAGGCUCUUCAGAUAUGAGAACGGUUCCGCCUGCUUUCACGACGAUGACAGGGACGGCCUUGUAAAAGUGUGCCGGCUGGUCAUCAACGCCCGCUACCAAGAAUAUGCCUCGGAGGGCUAUGCAGUCCUGAGCUCCAAACAGCCAAUCAUCUACCAGAGUGCAGCCUGCAGGCCCGGUCUGGCACAGCACCUGUGCACUCAGCUUGGCCUGCCUCUCUCCAGUUUGUGCACGGUGCCAUGUAACACUGUCUUUGGAUCCCAGCACCAAAUGGAUGUUGCCCUGUUGGAAAAACUAAUCAAAGAGGACAAAGAAGCCGGGAAGCUUCCUUUGCUGCUGAUUGCCAAUGCAGGUACCCCUGGAGCAGGACAUACAGACAAGUUGGGUCGUCUAAGGGACCUGUGUGAUCAGUACAGCUUGUGGCUUCAUGUAGAGGGGGUCAACCUGGCAACCCUGGCACUGGGUGAGGUCACUUCUGCAAUUAUGGCAGCCACCAGAAGUGACAGUAUGACGCUGACACCAGGUCAGUGGCUGGGACUGCCUGCUGUAACUGCUGUCACCCUCUACAGACAUGAAGACCCAGCACUGUCUCUGGCAGCAGGUUUAACCCCCAGCCAGCCCGUGGAGAAGCUGCGAGCGCUGCCUCUCUGGCUCUCCCUGCAGUACCUCGGUCACAGUGGAGUUGUUCAGAAGUUCAGACAUGCCACCAGUCUGAGCCAGCAACUCCUCCAGAAGCUAAAAUCUGUCACUUCCAUCAAAACAUCGGGCGUGGUGUCACCGAUCCCGCCCAUCUCCGGGGCUUCACUGCGGGACGUUCUGGGCUCUCUCAUGCUCUCUAUUGUGGAGGAUGAACUGAAGUCUCCUGUGGUCCUGUUCAAGUUUUCCCAAGAAAUGAGUGCUGCAUCCCAUGAGGGUUCAGUGGAGGGUUUCUGUGCUGGAGAGAAAGAGGUCCUUGAUGCCUUCAACAGAUGGCUAGGUGAACAGCUGGCUCAGCUGGUUCCCACCUCUGGAGUAGAUGUGGUGGAGCUUGAAGAAGAGGGUACCUGUGUUCGCUUCAGCCCCCUCGUGACUGCUGCAGUCCUGGGGACCCAGCAAGAGGAUGUUGAGGACCUGGUAGUGAAGCUGAUGGAGGUGGUUCCUGUGAUGAAUUCCACAUUGUGCCUAAUACAGGACUUCAGAGAGCAGACCCACCGACAUUCACCCUCUCUUAGAUACAUAGAGGAGCACAGCUGGCCUGGCCUUGGAGCUGUUCGGUACGAGCCACAGGCUGAUGGAAUGGAUGAGAUCAGGAGGAAGCAGGAGCUGGAGAAAAUUAACACUGAGCUGCUGAAGAAACUACAAGAGCUCGACACUGACAUCAUCUUCUCCUCUGGCUCUGAGUUUGGAACAGAGGACGACUGUAUUUUUGUGGGCAUGGUGACUGAGGAUGUGGAUGUUUGCGAGCUAGUGGAUACAAUAGCCGCCCUGGGAAGGGACAUAGUGGAGAGUGGAAGGCUGUUGGAGAACAUGACAGAGGUGGUGAGGAAAGGCAUCCUGGAGGCCGAGCUGCAGCUGCAAAAGGCUAACGAGGAGAAGCUCAUUGAAGAGGGGAUGCUGAGGCAGCUUCCUCUGGUUGGCUCUGUGUUGAACUGGUUCUCCCCAGUUCAAAGCUCCAUUAAGGGAAGGACCUUCAACCUAGCUGCAGGCUCCCUGGAUUCCACAGAGGUGACUUACUCUACCAAGGCCCAGGCAGGAAAGCAGUCCCUUCAAGAUGCUCCCACUUCUUCUUCAAAGAGACUGCCAGGUCAGAGGUUGUUCCAGCGCUCCGGGCCAGGAUCAGACUCCAUAAGUGAAACCAGCUCCAUCGGACAAGCUGACGACACGGCUAUGGAGAGGAGUGUCCCUGAGCGCAGCAGCGUCCAACCUCCCAUCUCUCCAACUGCACUAGAGACUCCAAGUGACACUGCAAGCGAUGUCACAACGGAGAAGAUCCAGGGGUCUUGUGAGCAGGUACCCUCACAGGUGGAGGCUGAGGAGGCGACAAAAGAGAGGCAGCCUGAAGGCCAAGAGGUGAAGCAGAGUAGCAGAUAGGACGACUCUUUCUGCAGACGUCCUCCAACCGUCCUGUACAUGGAACCAGCCUAACAGAGUUUAUGAAGAAAGGUGUAUUACAUUAUGAAUAUAACUUAUUGAAGGGUAACGGUGAUGGAGCUAGCUUGGGCUGUUUGUCUUGGCCUUAUUGUUUCAGCACAGCUAUGAUGUCAAAGUGAAGGAAGAAUUGAAUUGCCAUAUUGCACACAGAAUUGUUUUCCACAGGAUUAGUUAAUUCACCAUGUUUUCAAAUGAAAACUUCAGUCAAAAUCAAGCAGCUCAAUAUUAAAGUAAUUACCACAGCGGUUAAAAUGUUCAAACUGAAUGUUCGACUCAGUCACACAACAAAAUGUGUAACAGCUACGUUGGUCCACAAGGCAAAAACACUAGUUUUGUAAUAAAAGCUGCCUAUGUUUUCCGGCUAUUCCUUUCCGUUGACCUGCAUCCAUCCAAGCCAUGUUGCUUUCAAAUUUCUUUCACUUUAUAAAGAAAACUCUGCAGAUGAAGGUGGGGCAGGUGGAUAUAAAGUGGACUUUCACCCAGUAGAGCGGGCUUUAAAUACCACGUGGAAACAUUGUUUUGUUUGUUUCCAGUCACUCUUUGCUUUUGGUUUGGCGCCAUUUUGUUUUUUUUUGCUAGGUUUAGGAACAGAUAAUACUUAAAGUUGAAAUACGUCCAAAGCUCCGGUUGUUUCUACUUUGAGUCCCGCCCCAAAAGCAGCCUUUUUUGUCAAAUGAACACAUUUUGCGCUUCGGACCAGCGUCGCUGUCGAGCUAUCAGAUUCCUCGCUGUAAAUAUUCUGCAACAACAUAUAUGUAACUCACCCACUCUGUAAUAAUUUAUGAUAAAUAAGCCAAUGUAGACAGAUUGGAAUAUCACUGUGUAUUUCAUUUUUUUUUAAACUGCUGAUAAUACCAGUAACCUGCUUACACCACCUUGAUGUGUGCACUACCCGACAAUGCUAUGAUGGGGGGAGAAAUCCUCCAUAAAGACUAAAAUCAUUAACAACACAUGCAAUGAAAUUAUUAGGUUAGAUUAAUUAGAAAUUAAGUUUGAGGGUCAAGAUCUUUACAAGAGUUCAAUAAGUACAAGAUAAAGUUGCAUUUUUUGGGGAAAAGACAUACUGUGGGAUACAUUUGUACUUUAACAAGAAUAAAAUACAGUGCAAGGCAGAGAAAACAAAAUGUUCUCAAUUUUAUAAGAUAAGGUCAUGGAUUCUGGUAGUUAAGUCAUGUUUUCAGAAAUAGAUCACAAAUUAAGAGCAACACGUGUUACUGGACUAGAUAGAGUAGUUCCAACUUAUGUGGUUGUCAUUUUCAUGGCAAAAUACUCUCUUUACUACAGAGUAUUAAAAUAUGCGUUUAUCUUGGAGCAGUUAAAGCUCAUUCUCCACAUAUUCUGAUUUUUUUCCUCAUAAAACAAGGACAUUAUUCCUACAAUAACAUGACUUUUCUUCACUGUUGACUUCUAAUAUGAAAACUGUUUUCUUCAAAUCUGUCUUCAGUCUUUUUUUUCUUUUUUUUGACUCAAAAUCAAGCACCUGUUACAACCACACAUUCAGUAGGGGUCAGAGUAAUUUAAAAUAUUAUGUUAACAUAUUUUUAUUUUUGUCUAUAAUGACAUCACAGUAAAUAGUUGCUACAAGGGAGAAAUGCUUCACAGGUUCUUGUCCUUUUCUGAAAAUUUUCUGGAUUACCAUUUAAAUACCUGCAAGUACUACGGUAUAUUAGAGGUCCAAAUAGGUUGGGGGGUGGAUUCUGAUAGACCCGGAAUUUCACCCACCCGUCUUCAAAAUGUUAUCUUUUGUUCCCGUCCGCAGGCUGUUGCCUACGAGCAUGCUGUGUGCAAAAACGUCUUCUGAAAUGCUCUUAUUCCCAUGACUGUAAAAUCUCUGUUCGGUGUUGUUCAUGUCACAAACAACCGUCCAUACGCUGUUUGACUUUAACCUGUCUGACCUUGAUGAGAACAUCCAGAUGAUGGUCCUUCAUCUCCCAGACCAACAGCUGAUUCUUAAAUUCUCAUAAUGCAAGUGCCGUCAUGACCAUAGCACUUGCAGUACGCAAAAGUCCUAACCAGCCAAUCAGAAGACAGUACGGAAUCAUGUAGUUGUAGAGUCCUCAAAGCUGAUGCUGUGCAGUCUUCCCCAGGCUGUGUUUGGGUUGACAAGCCUGUAGAAAGUCAAGUAUUAGAAGAGCAGAGAAUGGAGGCGUGUGAUGAAGGUAUACUUUGCUGUGAUGGGAGCUCCUCUGGGCUUAUCAAUGAUCUACAUGUCAUGUGGAGAUGAGCAGAAGUAACUGAGCCACAGUAGGUUUGAGAAAAACUGUUUCAAUUUGCUCCUGUAGUGGUGCCUUCAUGUAAAAAUGUGACAUUACAAAACGUCCUCGAACGAAAGCCAAAGACACAAAUUAGGCCGGACUUGUCGUUUCGUGCUUUGAGCUAGGUGCUGGUAGAAGAUUCACUGUACAGACUUGUGUCUCUUGGGAAAUGUGGAUGAAAUAUAUAUAUCUGAUAAGGAAUGACCACAAAGAAAUUGCACUUGUUGUGUAGAUAAUUACUUUACUACUGUUCUGUGUUCAAUUUCUCCUACGAUGUAUAAAUGUAGCAGAAUCUUCUUCAUGACUGUUUCUGUCGUAUGAUUCUAAUGCAAAUGUAAAUCAAAGCCUUUCUCACCUUGCAAGAAUGUGUUUGAUGAAGAACUUUUUAUUUUGUGUGUAAUAUUCUGUCACUGUCUCAAAGUUCGGUGAUAUUUAAUCUUUUAUUUUUGAUGUUUUACUGCUAGUUUAGACCCACUUUGACAUGUUUCUGUCUCCGCAGAGUCAUUUAAUGCGACUUUCCAAGGUUCAGGCAAAUUCUACAAGUACCUCUCUAUGCAUCUCAUAUUAAGUCUUCCUGUAUACAGUUGUAAGUUGGUCAUAGAAUGCAGCUGUUAAGUCAGCAAACAUUUUGAACACUGAACAAUAAGUGGACGGAAGCUAAAUCUCAGCAGCUUACCUUCAGAAUUUAUGCGAUGUGAGACCUUGAUAUCUUCAAAGGAAAAAGGCAAAACAGUCAGACCAAUACACACAAAUAUGCUCCUGAUUUAUUGUAGAUUACCCAAGGUGUGGAGCUGAGAUGGACAGAAUCAGCACAGAUGAGCAAUAUGACUUCAAUUUAUAGCUUUUUUUCCAUCCAGAGUAUAAAGGAUGUUGUAAGCUGGUCAUUUUCCUGGCAAAAGAUUCACUUUACACUUCCGUAAACGGGCAGGAAAAGAUGUGUUUGUCUGUGUAACAUGCAAACAUUCAGCUCAGAAAUCAUACGAGACAUGCCACUAAUUUGCUUCUGCUGACACUUCUGUUUGUUGCCUUGUCCAUACGGUGUUUUAUACACUGUCAUGAGGGGCAGUCAGCACAAUGGUUGGGCGUUUCCACUUCAAAACUGCAGCAUCCUGAUACCAGUCUCAAAAAUUCUGAUUCUUUUACGGAUACCUUUGGGGUUUCAUGCACAACAAAAUCUAAAGAACCAAUACUGUUAAUAUGUACGACGGCACGGUUUAAAAUAGCAGUGACUUUUAUUGAAAGAUUACAGUUGAUGUCGUCUCUGUAAUUUUUUUCUGUAUGUUUUACACCCCUGUUUUAGAGGGGGGAAAAACUGUAGAGUUGGCUAUCCUUAGACAUUUUAAGGCAGGAAGGGAUUUUAUUCAGUUAAUAAAUCCAAAUGAGUAACUUUAAUACACAGAGAUGAAUUUUUAUCAGUUUAAUCAGCGACCAGAAAGCGAAUAUAAUGCUUUAUUUUGAUGCUGGAAGGCUGCUUUCGACUUGUCCCACCUCUGUCAGGAUCAGUUCUGAAUGGCCCAUAGUCAUUAGAUUUUUACCUCUACUGUAAUUGGCAACAGUAAUUUGAACACAUGCACAAUCUAGUGCAACAAAUUGUCCCUUUGUGAACCUCCGAGGUGUUGAUUCAACUCUGCGGUCAUUUUUAGGCUGGAGUUAGCGGUGCUCUCGUUAAUAUGUCCGUCUCUUAAAACACAGGAAGCAAAUCCUGUGUUGCAUUAUAAUGAAGAAGUGUCACUGCUUGUAUAUAAAAACAGAUGAAUGCCUAUGAUCAUAGAAUAUUAAUUACUAAUAAAUAAUCAAAUCAUGCAGCUUAUCUAACAGCAGAGUUUUUUUUAUUAUUUUGAAUCGUAUGCCUUCAGGUGCUUCAUUUCAUUAAUAAGCCAUAUUCUCUGGGGAGUUAAUGGUCGGACCGCAUUAAAGCCUGAGGGUUUAUUCAAAACCGCAGCCUACCCUGAGAGCAUUCAUACCACACAUACCGGGCACUUGUUCAUUCCAUCAGACAUAAUAAUCACAGGGGAGCUUUUUGUGCGAGUCAUAUGUUGAUCCAUUCAGGUUUCCUCUGUGUUGUUAUGCAGCUGUGAUACACCGCUUGUGCCCAAAGGUGAUUGAAAUUCAAUUAAUGAGUGAAAUGAAAAAGGAAUGACUCUAGAUAGUAAACAGCAGUGGAGACUGGUGUGUUGCAAACCAAACUGAUUUUUAUUAAAUCAUGAACCUAGCAAA